GGAACUGUCUAUAAUAGAACGCAUAGAUAAUAAUAGAAUGGUACAAAUUGAAGAAAAUAGAAGGAAAAUAGGACCAAUUAUUGAGUGUAUAAUUCUAUGUGGUAAAGAAGAGUUGGCUUUGAGAGGACAUAGAGAUUUUGGUGAUAUCUUAGUAGAUGAUGAUUCAAGGCAAGGCCAUUUCCGUGGUAUUCUCAAGUACAGAGCAAAAGGAGAUGAAUUUUUGCGUAAUGUUCUUGAGGGUUCAGGGAAACGUAAUAAAUAUACGAGUCCAAUUAUACAAAAUGAAAUAAUUCAGUCAUGUAACACAAUUUUACUAAGGAAACUAGUUAAUGUGAUUAAUAAAUCUAAAUGUUUCUCUGUUCUGGCUGAUGAAACAACCGACAUAUCGACUAAAGAGCAACUCAGCUUAAACAGAUGUGGAAUUGAUUGCAAUUAUUUAUAUGGCCAAGGCUAUGAUGGGGCCAGUAAUAUGGCUGGUCGAUUUAAAGGAGUACAGACUAUUGUGAAAUCUAAAUACCCCAACGCUAUAUAA